UUCAAGUUCGCAGGACGUCACGUCCGCACUUGAACUUGCAGCUCAGGGGGGCUCUUUUUUUUGCCAUUUUUUCAUCUCUCUCUUUUCAAAAAAGCCAUGACGGCUAUCCCACAAUUCGUCGUCUCUGCGCCAUCUUUGCAUUAUUUCUAAUUUAUUUCGGAUGUCAAAGGCAUUGAUGAAGAUAUUUUCACUGGAGUCUCCCUUCUAACCCGGCUCUCCCGAUGUGAACCGAGCUAAAAGCCACCACCAACCACCAUGUCUCGCCGUAAGCAAGGCAAGCCCCAGCACUUAAGCAAACGGGAGUUUUCGCCCGAUCCGUUCACAGCCAUUCUCCCGGAGGACCGAUCGGAGCAUAGGGGGCUGGCUUCCCCGGACGGGGACCAGGACCUGCUCACGUGCGGCCAGUGCCAGGCCAACUUCCUCCUGGGGGACAUCCUGCUGUUUAUCGAGCACAAGCGCAGGCAGUGCCAUGGAGGCCCGUGCCUGGACAAGGCUAUGGAUACGCCCCCGUCGCCCGCCCUGCCCCCCCUGCCCCCGGGCCAGCGCCGCGCCUCCAACCCCGUGGAGGUGGGGGUGCAGGUCACGCCCGAGGAGGACGACUGCCUGUCCACGUCUUCCCGGGGGGUCUGCCCCAAACAGGAGCACGUCGCAGGUAAGGACGAGCCCAGCAGCUACACCUGCACCACCUGCAAGCAGCCGUUCGGCAGCGCCUGGUUCCUGCUGCAGCACGCGCAGAACACGCACGGCUUCCGCAUCUACCUGGAGAGCGAGCACGGCAGCCCGCUGACGCCCCGCGUGGGCCCGCCGCCCGGCCUGGGCGCGGACUGCGCCUCCCAGCAGCCCCCGCUGCACGGGCUGCACCUCGCCGACGGCGGGCCCUUCAGCCUGCUGCGGAUCCCGGGCUCGGCGUCCGGCCGCGAGGGGGGCCGGUACCCCCCCACCCCGCCCCUGUUCAGCCCCCCGCCCCGCCACCACCUCAGCCCCGAGGACCUGGCGCUGGCCUCCCACCACCACCCGAGUGCCUUCGACAGGGUGCUGCGGCUCAACCCCCUGCCCCUCGACCCCCCCGCCAUGGACUUCUCCCGGAGGCUGCGCGAGCUGGCGGGCAACCCCUCCGCCGGGGGGGGCGCGUCCCCCCCCCUCUCGCCCCCCGGCCCUAUGCAACGGCUGCUGCAACCAUUCCAGCCAGCGGGAGGCAAGCCGCCCUUCCUGGCCACGCCCCCUCUCCUGCCCGCCGCCCAAUCGCCGUCCGCCGGCUCCCAGUCCACGCCCAAUAAGCAGCAGCAGCAGCAGCAGCAGCCGCAGUCGGCGAGCCAGUCGCUGAAGAGCAAGUCGUGCGAGUUCUGCGGGAAGUCCUUCAAGUUCCAGAGCAACCUGAUCGUCCACCGGCGGAGCCACACCGGCGAGAAGCCCUACAAGUGCCACCUGUGCGACCACGCCUGCACCCAGGCCAGCAAGCUGAAGCGCCACAUGAAGACCCACCUGCACAAGUCCUCGCCCGGCACGGUCCGGUCCGAGGACGGGCUGUCGGCCGCCAGCUCCCCCGAGCCGGGCACCAGCGACCUGCUGGGCAGCGCCACCAACGCCCUCAAGUCCGUGGUGGCCAAGUUCAAGAGCGAGAACAACUGCAUGCUGCCCGAGAACGGCGAGGAGGAGGAGGAGGAGGAGGAAGAGGAGGAGGAGGAAGAGGAGGAAGAGGAGGAGGAGGAGGAGGAAGAGGAGGAGGAGGAAGAGGAGGAGCUGGAGAGCGAGGGCGGCAGGAACGACUACCGCUUCAGCCUGAGCCUGGAGGCCGCCCGGCACCACGAGAACAACGGCGCGGGGCGCCUGGGCGGGGCGGAGGACGGCGUGCCCCGCUCGCUCCCGGAGGGCGUGCAGGGGAUGGGCCUGGCGGCCAGCAUGCAGCACUACAGCGAGGCCUUCGCCCAGCACAAGAGGGGCGUCCUGCGGGCCGAGAGGGAGCCGUCCCGGGACAUGUGCGACGACGACUCGCGUUCGGACCGCGCCGACGAGGGCUCGGCCGUCAACGGGCGCGGCUCGUCCCCCAGCGAGUCCGCCUCGGUCGGCCUGUCCAAGAAGCUCCUCCUGGGCAGCCCCAGCUCGCUCAGCCCCUUCUCCAAGCGCAUCAAGACGGAGAAGGACUUCGACCUGCCCACGCCCACCAUCCCCAACACGGACAACGUCUACUCCCAGUGGCUGGCGGGCUACGCGGCGUCCCGCCAGCUCAAGGAGCCCUUCCUGAGCUUCGGGGACUCCCGACAAUCGCCCUUCGCCUCGUCCUCGGAGCACUCGUCGGAGAACGGGAGCCUGCGCUUCUCCACGCCGCCGGGCGAGCUGGACGGCGGGGUGUCGGGCCGCAGCGGGACGGGGAGCGGGGGCUCCACGCCGCACCUGGGCGGGCGGCCCAGCUCCAAGGACGGCCGGCGGAGCGACACCUGCGAGUUCUGCGGCAAGGUGUUCAAGAACUGCAGCAACCUGACGGUGCACCGGCGCUCCCACACGGGCGAGCGGCCCUACAAGUGCGAGCUGUGCAACUACGCCUGCGCCCAGAGCAGCAAGCUCACCCGCCACAUGAAGACGCACGGCCAGAUGGGCAAGGACGUUUACAAGUGCGAGAUCUGCCAGAUGCCUUUUAGCGUGUACAGCACCCUGGAGAAACACAUGAAAAAGUGGCACAACGACCGCGUUCUGAGUAGCGACAUUAAGACCGAGUAGAAGGAGCU